AUUUUGUUUGUUGUUUUGUUUACUAAUUCAUAUUUCGAUUUUUGAGAUAGCGGUGUUCGUCAUUUGUUUUGUUUUUUAUGUUAAAUCAAUUUUUUUUCAUUUUAUGUCAACACUUAACUUAAACACUAAUUACAUUGAUUAAUGAGAAAUUCUACAUUUUUUUUAUUGACAAGUUUAUAAUUUGGAAUUAGUUUAUACUGGUUAAUUGUCUAUAGUCCUGUAGAUUCUACAGUGUAGAAUAUAGUAAUGUGACUUGAUUUGAUACUAUAUUUUAUAUUUAUGUUACAUUGAAUCUAAAUAUUUGUAAAAAUGACUUGGGGUUUUGUCACUUGUGGCCCUAACGAGGCUUUGGUUAUAUCAGGAUUUUGUUAUGGUAAACCAAAUUUGGUACCUGGCGGAAGAGCAUUUGUUUGGCCCGUUAUACAAUAUUGUCAGAGAAUUUGUUUGAACACUAUGACAAUACAAGUUGAUAGUCCCAAGGUGUAUACUAUCCAAGGUGUGCCAUUAUCAGUCACUGGUAUAGCUCAGGUAAAAAUACAAGGACAAAAUGAAGAAAUGCUUUUAACAGCAUGUGAGCAGUUUUUGGGGAAACCCAAGCAGGAGAUACAUGAAAUUGCAUUGCAUACUCUUGAAGGUCAUCAACGAGCAAUUAUGGGCUCUAUGACUGUAGAGGAAAUUUAUAAAGAUCGUAAAAAGUUUAGUAAACAAGUAUUUGAAGUAGCAUCUUCAGAUUUGGUUAAUAUGGGUAUAACUGUUGUUUCAUAUACAAUAAAAGAUAUACGAGAUGAAGAGGGUUAUCUUAGAGCUCUUGGGUUGGCAAGAACUGCGGAAGUAAAACGUGAUGCUCGUAUCGGAGAAGCUGAGGCAAAAAGAGAAACAACAAUUAAAGAAGCAAUGGCAGAAGAAGAAAGAAUGGCAGCCAAAUUGAUCAAUGAUACAGAAAUUGCUAAAGCUCAAAGAGAUUUUGAACUUAAAAAAGCAGCAUAUGAUGUAGAAAUUCAAACAAAGAAAGCUGAAGCAGAAUUAGCUUUUGAACUUCAAGCUGCAAAAACAAAGCAACGUAUAAAAGAGGAACAAAUGCAAAUUGAUGUUGUGGAAAGAACACAACAAAUUGCUGUCCAAGAACAAGAAAUUCAAAGGCGAGAACGUGAGUUAGAAGCUACUGUAAGAAGACCAGCAGAAGCCGAGAAAUUUCGACUAGAAAAAUUGGCUCAAGCUAACAGAACUCGAAUUAUAUUGGAAGCUGAAGCUGAAGCUGAAACACUCAGGCUUAAAGGAGAAGCAGAAUCAUUUGCCAUCCAAGCAAAAGCCAAAGCUGAUGCAGAACAAGCAAUGAAAAAAGCAGAAGCAUGGAAAGAAUACAAAAAAGCUGCUAUUAUUAAUAUGGUUCUUGAAGCAUUACCAAAGCUUGCUGCCGAAGUUGCAGCCCCUUUUGAGAAUACCAAAAAGGUUACAAUGGUGGCCAGUGGUGAUGGGGAUGUGGGGGCUGUAAGAUUAACAAAUGAAAUUAUUCAAAUUGUUAAUAAAGUACCUGAAAUGGUAACUACUUUAACUGGAGUUAAAAUAAAUGAUGUCAUGAAUAUGUAAGAAAAUGGGCUGGAAAUUCGAUCAAUUUAUUAGUAACAUUUUUUUUUUAUUUAUGCUUAUGACCUUAAUUGUCUUCCUAUGCUCCUCAAGAAUUAUAUUAUUUACCCUUUAUUAUUAAUCAAUUGCUUUAUAUCUUACAUUAUGGUAGGUAGGUUUACCUUUUAUAUUAAUUUUCUUAUGUCAUUACUUUUUAUUUCUAUUAUUAUUAAUCAUAAACAAUUUUACAUUAUAUAUUUUUCUUCCAAUAAAACAUAAAAUGUAUUUAUUUAUUACAUAUAAAGAAUAUAUCUGAUGCUUUUUUAUUGCUUUCUAUAAACUUUUAACAGGUCUUGGUACAAAAAAUCUUACAAAUUUGUUUUGCUUAAAGCUACUAACAGUGGUUGGGAGUAGCACAUUAAUUGUAGUGACGCUACUUUGUUUGUAAUGAUUAACGUAGCGUCGCUACAAUACAUUUAAUGUAGCGAUAUACUAAAUACAUUUUUUUUUGGCGGAAUAGCUGUAGCGUUGGCGCGCCACAAAAAACAGGAACGUCUCGACCACUGGUUACUAGUGAUACCAAUUAAACAAGAUAUAAUGCACUAAAAUUGUUCAUUUAUAUAUACUCAAAAUAAAAAUAUACUUAAUAUUAUUAAU